AUGAAUGUACGGUCAGCGAUCGACUUAGACCUGAAUCAACGGCCAGAAAUCCUCGUCGCGAUCGAGGAGAGCUUAUCGCGAUGCCUCGUCCAAUCAGAUCUCGAGGGCGUGCCUGGGGUCGGGCCGAAGCAAGAGGGGAAGGUUCGGGACGUGUACACUGCCAAGCCUGCGGCAGGUUCGGCGGCGAGUCGCGACAGCAACAGCAACACGGACGAAGAACUGCUUGUGGUGGUAACCACAGAUCGUCAAAGCGCGUUCGACCGGAUUCUCGCGUCCGUACCGUUCAAAGGGCAGGUGCUGAAUCAGACGAGUGCGUGGUGGUUCGAGCAGACAGCACCCAUCGUACCCAACGCCUUCCUCUCCUCUCCUCACCUCGUCCCAUGUCAGACGCCCGCUCACCCAUCUCCCUCCCCUCUCUCACCCUCCUCCCCCCUCCCACCACCCUUCUCCUCAGGUGCUGAACCAGACCAGCGCGUGGUGAUGGUGAGUGAGAGGGAGAUGGUGAGUGAGAGGGAGAUGGUGAGUGAGAGGGAGAUGGUGAGUGAGAGGGAGAUGGUGAGUGAGAGGGAGAUGGUGAGUGAGAGGGAGAUGGUGAGUGAGAGGGAGAUGGUGAGUGAGAGGGAGAUGGUGAGUGAGAGGGAGAUGGUGAGUGAGAGGGAGAUGGUGAGUGAGAGGGAGAUGGUGAGUGAGAGGGAGAUGGUGAGUGAGAGGGAGAUGGUGAGUGAGAGGGAGAUGGUGAGUGAGAGGGAGAUGGUGAGUGAGACAGUGCCUUUGCUUGCUGAGCUGAGUGCCUUCCUCUCCUUGUCCGACCCAACGUCACGCUCUUCCCUUUGCUGGGUACCUAAAAUGCCAAGUCUUCCCGUGAAGAGAGACGUUGGGUCGGGCGUUGGGUGGAGUUCGUUGGUGCAUGAGUACCAAGGGCGAGUGCGUGGAUACAUCACCGGCACCACCAUGCGUGGAUACAUCACGGGCACCACCAGUACGUCCCUGUGGACCGUAUACAGCGAUGGGGCUCGGUCCUACUGCGGGAACGACCUGCCUGAAGGUCUGUGCAAGAACGACCGCCUAUCAGCCAACAUUCUGACCCCCACCACCAAGGCAGCCGAUCACGACGAGCCAGUCACACCAGAGGAGAUCGUCUUGCGCGGGCUCAUGACCCGGGAGGAGUUUGAGACCACCAGGGACUUGGCUCUAAAGCUGUUUGCUUUCGGGCAGCAGGUGGCGGGGGAGCACGGGCUGAUUCUUGUGGAUACGAAAUACGAGUUUGGGAAGGAUUCUGACGGCAACAUUCGACUCAUUGAUGAGCUGUUUGCGUUCGGACAGCAGGUGGCAGGGCAGCAUGGGCUCAUUCUUGUGGAUACAAAAUACGAGUUUGGGAAGGAUUUGGAGGGCAACAUCCGAAUAAUAGAUGAGGUCCACUUGCACUGGAACUCCCCUUUGCUCCCCGCCUUCUCUCCCGUCUCACCCCCUCCCUCUCCCCCUCCCUCUCCCCCUCCCUCUCCCCCUCCCUCUCCCCCUCCCUCUCCCCCUCUCCCUUCGCCCCAUCUCUCCCCGUCCACCCAGGUGCACACACCCGACUCCAGCCGCUAUUGGAUCGCAUCCACAUACGAGCAGAGGCAUGCAGAAGGGUUGGAGCCGCAGAAUAUAGACAAGCCAGCCCCCGUCAUCAUCAUCUCUCUCAGCGUUUGUCAAUGCUCCUCCACUCCACGCCCUGUAUUCACCACAGAUUGCUUCUGA